UCUCCUUUUCUUCUCCUCAGGCCUCAGCCCUUCCCCUUUUCCCAUCUUUAUGUGAAAGAAAACCUUGUCUCAUCUUCUACACAAAAUCUUUGUAAUUGAUUGCUAUUUAUUUUUAUCCAGCAAGUACUUGCAUCCUUGAAGAGCACAAUAGAAAAGAGCCAAUGGCAAAGCACAGGCGGUUAGAAGAGAGAGAGAGAGAGUGGAGUAGGAGUCAGUGAUUCCAGUGGGUUCCUGCCAAAGGAAAGACCCCACCCUUUUUAGUUUUUCAAUUUUCUGGAAAUUUAUUGGUUUUAUAAUUAAAUAAAAAAAGCUUUGAUUUUCUGUUUCAAACCCCACACGCUACAGCCAAGAGAGGCCUGAGAGACAUGUCUGCAAGGACAAGAUUUUCUGUAACUAUAGGAAGGAUGAGUUUGAAAAUUUGAUAAGCAUUUACUAGGGACACAGACCCAAACAGACUUAUAAUCAUUUAGCUUUCUUCGAAAAGAAGCAGAGAAAGAAAGAGAUAGAGACCCCCUCAGGGAAAGAAAGACAUAAAUGAGAGAGAAGGACUGGACCCUCUGAGAUUAUAUACUUUGACAAGAAAGCUCUCAAGUUCAAAGCCUUUUGAUCUUUUGCUGCUUUUCUUUGGGGUUCAUGUCUCUCUCAAUUUUCAAGCUCUAUCUUUUCUUCAUAUAGAGUUUGGCCUAGGAAUCUCAAAGCCAAAGAGAAUUGAGGUAAACAGAGAAGAAGUGAAAUUCCUCUGUUUCUUCUAGUUAACUGAAAAAAAAAAGGGUUAACAGCUAGCUUUGUGUUGUUGUUAUUUAUGGCUUUCAUUUCUGCUACAUGUCCCGAUUCCAGCUUCUUCUUGGAGUACAAAGAUGAAAAUGGUCUGCUGAGGAAGUCUUGCAUGGCGGCGAGUCAUAGAGUCGUUGGAGAGACAGGUCUUUCAGACUCGGGCCCUUCUUCUUCAAAUCACCAUGUUCCUUAUGCCACUGUUCUUCAUGGAAUUAAUGGUCCUUCAACAAGUUUCCUAAAUCAAGAAGGAUCUACUUUUGAUUUUGGAGAGCUAGAAGAAGCAAUUGCUCGUCAAGUUAGAAAUGAUGAAGCUCAAGCACCUUUGUUCACAGGAAGACCUGCCGCAACCCUGGAAAUGUUCCCUUCUUGGCCAAUGAGAUUCCACCAAACCCCAAGAGGGAGUUCGAAGUCAGCAGGAGGGGAGAGCACAGACUCAGGAUCACAGGUGAACACCACCGCUCUUACAAGCAAAGGAGAUCAGACUCAGUUGGAGCCAGAAUCCCCCAUAAGUAAAAUAGCAUCUUCUUCAAACAAUCAUCAUCAUCAGCACCAGGCUUUGGAUCAGAAUCAUCUACAGUUCCAGCAGCAGCAGCAACUACAGCAAGACAUGGCAAUAAGUGACACCUCAAGAGCUACUACAGUACCAGCAACAGGAACAACUGAAGCAUCAAAAGGCCAGUCAGCUCCAAAAUCAAAUCAUGAAAAGAGGAAGGGAGCUGGUUCUUCGUCAGAGAACAAACAGCUUGAUGCUAAGACAUUGAGGCGCUUAGCACAAAAUCGAGAAGCUGCGAGAAAAAGCCGCCUGAGGAAAAAGGCUUAUGUGCAACAGCUAGAAUCAAGUAGGAUCAAGCUCACACAGCUUGAACAAGACCUUCAAAGAGCGCGUGCUCAGGGAUUGUUGAUGGGUGGCUGUGGAGGUGGUUUUGGCAAUAUCAGCUCAGCUGCUGCAAUAUUUGAUAUGGAAUAUGCAAGGUGGCUAGAAGACGACCACCGUCACAUGUCGGAGCUGCGAACCGGACUACAAGCACAUUUGUCGGACAACGAUCUCCGAGUCGUUGUAGAUGGAUACAUUUCUCAUUAUGAUGAGAUUUUCCAGCUGAAAGGAGUGGCUGCGAAAUCUGAUGUGUUCCAUCUCAUAACCGGGAUGUGGGCUUCUCAAGCUGAACGUUGCUUCCUUUGGAUGGGUGGCUUUAGACCCUCUGACCUCAUCAAGAUGUUGACACAACAGUUAGACCCAAUAACUGAACAGCAAGUGAUGGGGAUAUGCAGCCUCCAACAUUCAUCACAACAGGCUGAAGAGGCUCUCACCCAAGGCUUAGACCAGCUUCAUCAGUCUCUCAUCGACACCAUCGCCGGUGGAACCGUCAUAGACGGCAUGCAACAGAUGGCCGUGGCUCUGGGCAAGCUCACUAAUCUUGAAGGCUUCGUUCGCCAGGCUGACAAUUUGAGACAGCAAACCCUUCACCAGUUGCGUCGGAUAUUGACAGUUCGCCAAGCAGCGCGGUGCUUUCUGGUAAUCGGCGAGUACUAUGGAAGAUUAAGAGCACUUAGUUCUCUUUGGGCAUCAAGACCACGAGAGAGCAUGAUGAGUGAUGAUAACUCUUGCCAAACGACGACGGACUUGCAAAUGGUUCAGCCUUCUCAAAAUCAUUUCUCAUCUUUCUGAUCAAUUAGUUGUUAAUCAAAAUUAAGGAUGAAUGUACGUACGUACGUAGUAGCCAGCUAGAGAGAUCGAGAGAGCUAGCUGCCUCUCUAUUUAAUGAAUGAAUUAAGUCUCUUGAUUUAGAAGAGAUAUAUAUAGGACAUAUUUCUCUCUUCUUCUUUCUA